UUUUCCACCGUGAAUUUGUAUAUUAUUUAAAAAUUCGAUUUGUUAUUCAGAGACUGUUAGUAUUUGCUUAGACUGUUAGACUUGUUAAAAUGCCGUCGUAUAAACUUUUUUACUUCAAUGUGCGUGGAAGAGCUGAAAUAUCAAGGUGGAUGUUUGCUCAAGCAGGCGUCAAAUAUGAAGAUAUUAGAAUAGGAAGCGAAACCUGGCCUGAAAAGAAGAAGGAAUGUCCAUUCGGCCAAAUGCCGUUGCUGGAGGUGACAGACGAUUCUGGCUCAACCCAUGUGAUUGCACAGAGCAGCGCCAUUCAACGUUUCCUGGCAAGAGAACUUGGAAUGAAUGGUAAAGACAGUUACGAAGCCGCUGAUCUUGAUAUGGUUGGGGAACAAAUGAAAGAUAUUAUGAUGGCUCUUCCAUGGACAGAAAAAGACGAAGAACGAAAGAAACAACUUACAAAAGAAGCAAUCGAGGGUCCGAUAGCAAAGUAUUUUCUGCAACUGGAGAAUCGUGUUCGUGAUAACGGAUGGUUUGGAAGAAGCGGCGGGCCUACUGUGGGAGAUAUUGGCUUUUCCGUCGGAUGUGAGUUCUUACUUCACACAGUACCGACUGCGCUUGACGCCACACCUAAACUGAAAGCUUUGAAUGAGAGAGUCCGAAAUAUGCCAAACAUCAAAACCUGGAUUGAGAGUCGUCCUGAAACAAAAAUCUAAAAAAGUCAGAAGAAUAGUCAACAGAAGACAAGCAGCACUUUCUAUUUUUUCAAGUUCCUUUGGAAGCGUUUCAUCUUGUUUUCGAAUGUAAUGCAUGCUACAUAAGUAAUAACUAGUUAAAGCAACGUGAGUUCCGUUUACGUUGCUUUCCUCGGCUCAGUGUAUUUCAUCUUCAGUAUAUAUUCCGAUGACAACAUAAUUCUUGUUUACUUUUGUACUUGGAAAAAUAGGCUUAACAGAGUAUGGGUCUAAUUUUCAGUAAGCCGAUAUUUAUUUGUAUUUCUACACAGACUACCUCUGGUAUUGAAUUUGUAAAUAUAGCUAAUUUACCCUUCUGGUAAUUGGUCCACCAACAACCCAGCUAACCAUUUCUAAUUAUAAAAAGUAGUACCAGCGUUCAACAUCGCUUCUGCCCAAUGGUUGUUAUCGUUCCAUCUAUUGAGAUUUUCAAAUUAAUUUUUAAUUCAGAAUGUAAGCAGAACUCAGUAUUAUCACCGAAUAGUAGUAAAUUGUGCAAUUGUUAAUCUCCCACCUGACGUUAAAAUUUCAUUGAUUUAUGCUUUCAGCUUGUUCUUAUUCUGUCGCCUGUAAUCAGUGAUUUAGUAUGCUUUGGCAAAUUAUUUCUUAUUUUCUUGCACGUUUCAGCAUGAAUUCAACAUUCGUAUUUCCGUAUCCAGCAUAACACAUACUUUUGAAUAAAAAACUUUCAUCAAAA